CGUCCUCGAGUGAGUCGGUGUGUGCAGUGACAGUGCAGUGUGCUUUUGGACUACCCUCAUCGCCAUGAAGACCUUCUUCGUUGUGCUCGCGGCGGUGGUGGCGGCGGCCAUGGCCGUGCCACUGGACGUGUCCUCCAACGAGGUGCCCUCCAACGAGGUGCCCGGCAGCGGCCGCGACGUGUGGAGCCUGGCAGCCCGCGCCCUGGACCACUGCGGCGGCGCCGGCUCCGACGACCUGGUGGCCUGCCUGGGCGUCAAGGCCGUGACCGUCAUGGAGCGCCUGGCCCGUGCCGGCAACCUGGACGUGAUGGGUGGCGCCGUCACCCUGGUCCGCACCGAGCAGGCGCCCCGCGACGCCCGCGCCAUGCCCACCGAGGCCGAGCUGCAGAGCGCCCUGCCCCAGGACGCCACCGGCCGCUCCGCCAAGCUCAUCGACAUGCUGGUCGACGCCACCGUGCGCUUCUUCGAGAGCCACUCCCUGCAGCUCCGCCUGCCGCACACCGAGCCCCAGGCCGUCGCCCGCGCCAUCGAGGAAGGCCGCGGCAAGAUGAAGAAGAUGAUGGGCCCCAUCCUGGCCGGCGUCGCCCUCAAGAUCUUCGCCGUGGUGCCCAUCCUGAUCGGCUUCCUGGGACUCGUCGCCGUCAAGGCCCUCGUCAUCGCCAAGAUCGCCUUCGUGAUCGCGGCCGUCAUCGCCGCCCAGAAGCUGCUGAGCGGCGGCGGCGCCGGCAUCGGUUCCGGCCUGAGCGGCUGGACCGGCGGCGCUGGUCAGGGCUGGUCCUCGGGAGCCGGCGCCGGCUGGUCCAGCAACGGCGGCUACAACUACAAGCGCUCCAUUGACGAGGCCGCCGCCAACGACAUGGCGUACAGCGCGCACCAGGCCUCCGCCCAGUAGGGGCCGCCGCACGUGGACACCGACUCACUGAGGACGCGCGCCGAGGGCGGUCUGGCCCGCGGCACCAUGUGUACCAGCAAAUGGAGCUUCGCGGGCAGGGCCGCGCCGCGGCACACGGCCAAAUCUACCGACUGACCAAAAAAGGAAAAAAAUACCAAAAGACAGAGAGCGGCGAGGACGUAGUGCUCCAUAUUGGAGCCGUUACCAGUCCAUUUACCAUGUACAUAGACGGGAUGUGCCAUCCCCGGUCCGUCCUCACGGAGGGCGCCCGGCGUUGCAUUUUCAUUAGAGACUGAACAGCCUGGACGAACGUUAGACGAGCAACACUACAGACUGAUCUGCUGCACUGUAAAAACGAGCCUUAAAUCAAACGUUAACUUAAUGAUGAUGUUGUUCGUGUGGAGGAGAUUAAUUUAUUGUUGUUGUUGCCUUGACCUCGCGGGUAAACGGUGUGACUGCUUUACCUUGCUUUACCAUGUAGGACUUAUUUAUUUUCUCUUAAUUUAUUGUUCGCUGUUGCCAAAUGUUGAUCAUGAUGAAUAAAUUAUUUCUUUUACGAAAAACAAUUA